AUGUUUGGACUGACCCGGUCCCUUCCAACUAUUGGUCAGCAACAAUCCAUUUUUCCAAACCAUGCACCUCCACCCUUACGUCGAUCGUUUACAACCCUACCCUGGCGACCCAGUACUUAUUACCAGUCAUCAAAUACGAAUCCUAACUUGGCACUGUGUAAACGUGUAUCUGACCCUUUGAGCAGAAGUGCACAAAUCAGUGCUUUGGAUCCUUACAAGGUUCCCUCGAUCUAUCAGUCAGCCCGUAGUGCAUUGUACACCCGCUACACACCAAAAGAAUGGGAGUGUUCCAACCAGAACAACUAUUACACGUCAGACCACCUACGCACUGGUGCUGAACGUCUUAGAUUCGAUACCAUGCGCAUGUGUAAAGAAGUUGAUGACAAAACAAAGAGAACACAGACGGAUGUUGGGAAGAGACUUGGAGAACGGAUCAAUGAUAUUGUCUUUUGGAAGAAUGAACUCCUACGAGAAACAGAUGAGCUUCUUAAAGAAAUGGCAGUGCUAAAUGAAUCCAAGAGAAUGGUAGAAAAGGCACUACUAGAGACAGAAAAUCCACUCAAUAUUGCACAGGAAUGUCUUUACAACCGAGAGAAAAGGCAAGGAAUUGAUUUGGUUCAUGACACCCCAGAAAUGGUCUUGAUUAAGGAAGUUGAAGUUAUUAAAAAAAGUCAAGACAAACUCAGAAACGUUAUUGACAGAGCAAAUGCACAACUCAGUUUGAAUCGAGCUGCUCAACAUGAAUUGGAGAAGGAUACAGGAGACAAAUUCACAGCUCAGAAUCUUGAUGAAAAUGCUUUUCAGUUACGCAACACCUCACGUGGAAUCAACUUUCACAAUGGCUUGGAAAAAAUUGAUAACACGUUGUCUGUUCCUGAAACUUGGUGUAUGUUCACUAAUAAUAAUAUCAAACGUUCCCAAGCUGAGCGUGCAACUUCAAAACAUCUCCGUAAUGAAAUAGAUACGGUUCUUAACACAUGCUGCAAUGAUAUGUGGCACCAGUGGAAUUCUACCAAUCAAGCUCUGACUGACCGCAUCAAAGAAACCAUAGAUGCUCGAAAUAAACUGCAAACACAUUUGUCUAAGGUGUUGCAGGAGAUUUUUGAUAUGAACAAGAAUAUUGAAUUCAUCAAAAAGUCUAUCCAAGAUAAACAAGCUCCUCUGCAAGUGGCACAAACCCGACUUGAUACUCGAUUGAGACGUCCAAAUGUGGAAUCUUGUAAAGAUUCAGCUCAUAUCAGACUUGUUGAAGAGGUUGAUGAAAUCCGUGACACAUUGGAAACUUUACAGAAGAAACUACGCCAAGCAGAAAAUUCUUUGCAAGAAUUACUCUGUCUGAAGACCAAAUUGGAAGAGGAGUUGGCUGUCAAAAACAAUUCCUUGUUCAUUGACCGAGAAAAGUGUUUGGCAAUGAGGAAAACCUUUCCAAUGGCACCAAUCUGUGGUGUACGCAUCAACACCUCAUCAGAAAUUACUUUAAAUCACUAA